AUGCAUAUUCUAUCAAUGGAGCGCAUGCAGAACUUUAAAAGUGAGAACCAACAUAUUGAUGUGCAACUUGUUGGCAUAGCUGAAGCUUCGAAGACAAGAAAAGAACAAGAACGAGAAGAAAAUCGACAGAUUGUCCAGACGAUUUUUGAUGUAGUCCGACAUUUGGCGAAGCAAAAUACCGCGUUCCGUGGACACAACGAGACAAAUGAUUCAGCCAAUCGUGGAAACUUCCUGGAAGAACUUUUGUUUCUAUCUAAGUAUGACAAGCCAUUGAAACGUUGGAUGGAAACUCACCCAAAGAAUUUGUCAUAUUUUUCUCCCAGUAUUCAGAAUGAAAUGAUUGGCAUCCUCAGCAAUAUGAUCAUUGAAAUAAUAAGAUCUGAAGUGAUUUCUGCCAAAUAUUUCUCAAUUGAAUGUGACGAAGUAACAUCCCACAAACGGGCAUUUAUGUCUGUUAUUGUUCGGUAUGUCUACGAUUAUUGUAUUUGGGAAAGGUGUAUCAAGCUACAUCGUGUGACUAAUUUAACAGGACAAAGCCUUGCAGCUGUUAUCAUUGCUAUUCUUGCGAACAUGAACUUUCCUAUCCGCAAUUUAGUUGGUAAAGGCUUUGAUGGGGCAAGUAACAUGUCAGGCAAGGACGAAGGUGUUCAACAACAUCUCACCGCAGCUGGUGCUGAUAAAUCGAUAUAUUUCCAUUGUUUUGCACACAAACUAAACCUUGUCUUAGAGAAGAGUGUUAACAACGUACCUUCUGUGAAUGACGUAUUUGAUAUUAUUGGUUCCGUCUAUCACUAUCUCGAAGGGUCUCCGAAGAGGCAUGCAUUGUAUGAGGAGAAGCUACAACUUCAUGGCAUAUCGAAGGGAAAGAUAGCAUUACACACGCUUUCAGACACAAGAUGGACUGCUCGAUCCGACAAUUUGGAGGUUGUUUUCAACACCUUGCCUGCUAUCAUAUCGAUGCUUAAAGCAAUGUCUAAAGAGGGCGAAUCAGCUGCAGAUGGAUUGCUCGUACGUAUGCGAAAGCUCAAGUUCAUUGCUUCGUGUAUCGUAUUGAAGAAGUGUUUUGCUCUAAGUAGAUCGGUCUCAGAAUAUCUUCAGCACGAAAACAUGGACUUGGUUUCAGCGGUGUCAGGUGUGCAAUCUCUGAAAGAUUCUUUGUCCUCCUUUCGAAACGAGGAAAAGAUGGAUCAGUUUCUGCAGGAGGCACGGAAAUAUUGCACGGACCAAGGAUUGGUUGUGGACGACUUCGAUCAGGUGGAUCAGCAACAUCCAGACAGACCAAAGCGUCCGCGCACAAUUCCUUCCUACUUCAACGAUGGUACAUUCUAUUUAGACCAAGAUGCCAGAGCAAUCCAAGAAGAAGUACCUGGUAAUGACCGCCCAAGAGAUCUCUUUAAGCGAGAUUUUUUCUUCCCAUUUUUGGACUGGAUGCACAACGAGCUGGAGAGGAGGUUCUCUUCUAAAGCAUGUGAAAUAUUGUCGCUGGCCAACGUUUUCAUCCCACAUAUUUUAAAGAAGAAAAUUCGCACCAAGCCCAAAAGCUGGCCAAAUUCUACGGAAUCGAUCCCGAUGUUGUCGUAA